AUGCUCGGGCCCAAGGAUCCACCCCCUCCCAGGCAGGGAGUGAAUUGGGGGUGUGGAGUCGGGUCCCCGCCCCGGAAGGCUACACUUCCUGGUCUCGAGAAUAAAGCUGGCUCUCCCUGGCCAGGGGGAACACGACCCGAUCUCGCCAUGGGUCAGGUUUCGGAUCCAGAAAACCCAGACCGCGGCUCACUGUCCCCCGUACGCACCUGCCGUGCCCUCGACUGGGCCCUGUGGACAGCGCUACUGCUGCUAGCGGGAAUCCUGGUCGCUGCUUACAUUGCUCUAAGAACAAACCCUGCCCAACCUUCUGCCUCUGAAAGGCUCUCUGCUCCCCUGGUCUCCGCUCAGGGCCCCUAUGCCCAGCUGGUGAUGAAAGAUGUCUUGGUGCAGAACCAGACGUUGACCUGGUACAGCGACUCGAGUUAUUCUGGGGUGUUGCUAGACUCACAGAUGAAGUAUGACGAUGAUAAAGGAGAGCUGGAAGUUGGGGUCUCUGGGCUUUACUUCAUCUAUGCCCACCUGAAGCUGAAGCAGGUGAUGGUUCCUGCCCACAGCCAGGGCACCGUGAACGUCUCUGUGUUUCGGAGCUCUACACAUCAAGCCAUCUUGACUCUCUCUCUGGAUGUGGGACCUUCCAGCACUCUAACUGCCACCACCUCCCAGUUCUCCCUCACCUCCCUGCAUUCUAGGGAGCGUCUCAAGCUUUUCAUGAGUACCACAGAGGGGGACUUCCUGGAUUGGCAGCUGGUGUCAGAGGCCAGUACCUUUGGCCUUUUCUGGGUGCCUGGGGGACAGCCCUUAACUGCAUCCGGGGCAUUUUUAUCGUGACCAAUUAACUGAGACUGUGGUGUCUUCUUCGGAAGAUGGAGGAGGGGGUGGGCAGAAAUACCCUUGUUUUAUUUAACCUGGGGACCCCCCACUUUGUGGUUGAGCCUUGGGGAAUACCCAGCCUAACUGCCGGCAGUUCUCUGCAAGUCCAAACAUGCCCCGGAAAGAGGCCACAGAAGGCUAUGGGAACCAUGCUGGUUCUGGGUCCUCACAGUGGGGGUGUCGGAGGGUAGAGUGGCAGAGUAGUCCUGGUUUUUGAAUCCUGUUUCUGACGUUUAUUUGCUGUGUGACACUGCUCCUCUCUGAUCCUCAGUUUCCUCAUCUGUAAAAUGGAUAUAAUCCUGGCACUGCCUACUUCAUAGGAUUGUUGGGAGAGAAGUAAUCUAUAUACCUGAAAGCAUUGUAGAAACAACAGUUUUUAUUUAUUUAUUUAUGUAAUCAUUCCUAGGCCAGGGACUAGGGCCAAAAGGCUACCUCUUCUCCGCUGGCUUCUAGGGAUGCUAAACUACCUCAUGGGGACCUUCAUGUGAAGUACUUGGAGAUCACCCAUCCUCUCAGUGGCAGAAGAGACUUGGGCAAGAGUUUGCUAAUCCAGGGAACCCCAAGCCAAGGAGGGGAGGGAGAGCACUAGUCACUCUUUUAUAUCUCUAAUUGUGUAUUUAUUCUGGGCAAGUGCACUUUAAAUUACUUUAUUUAUCACCCUCAUGCCCUGGGGGUGUGUCUGAAAUAAAUAAAGACUUAUC